UACUUUAAUCUGUGGUAAUAAACAUGUCUGCCUUGUUUGUUUGCACCACGUAUCUAAAUUGUUGAAUAUCUUACGACAUGAUAUCAUUCUUUUCGAAGUUAUCGUUGAAGAAUACAGAAAAACCACCGGAGAUAGCUCAGCCAGCUUAUAUGGACAAAAGUGCAUCGCUUCAGGAACUCGGGUACAAAGACGAUAAUGACCUAAGAGAGACCAUCUAUGACUUUUUGCGGACUAUUCGGGACCCGGAGAAGCCGAGUACUUUGGAGGAUUUGAAGGUCGUUUAUGAAGAAGGUAUUUUCGUGAAAGAGCCAACGGCAGACAAAGUCCCAGUUUUAAGGGUUGAAUACAAUCCUACGGUACCCCAUUGCUCGUUAGCUACACUUAUUGGACUGUGUAUUAGAAUAAAAAUACAACGCUCUUUACAUCACCCUGUUAAGUUGGAUAUUUACAUCAAAAAGGGAGCACACACUACUGAAGAUGAAAUUAACAAGCAAAUCAACGACAAGGAGAGAAUUGCAGCUGCGAUGGAAAACCCCAAUUUAAGGAACCUCGUGGAAACCUGUAUCGCCGACGAAGGGUAGAAACUAAAUCUUUACAUAUUAAAAUUAUCAUUAGUAGUAGUAG